AUGUCCAGCAUUGGGCAAAUCUUCCGCGUGACGACUGCUGGCGAGUCACAUGGGAGAGCUAUCUCGUGUAUCAUCGAUGGCUGCCCUCCCGGCCUGGGCCUCACAGAGGCCGAUAUCCAGCCUCAGCUGAACCGUCGUCGACCAGGUCAAUCGGCCAUCACCACGCCUCGUAACGAGAAGGACCGCGUCACCAUUAACUCUGGCACUGAAAAUGGCGUCACUCUCGGAACACCGAUUUUAUUGACCGUCCCCAAUGAGGAUCAGCGACCAAAGGACUACGGUGAUAAGACCAUCGACAUGUACCCCCGUCCCAGCCAUGCAGACUGGACCUACCUCGAGAAGUACGGUGUUAAGGCCUCGUCAGGCGGUGGCCGCAGCUCUGCACGUGAGACUAUUGCUCGAGUGGCCGCUGGUGCUGUUGCCGAGAAGUGGCUCAAGGAGACCUACAACAUUGAGAUUGUUGCCUUUGUCAGCUCCGUCGGAACUAUCAAACUCUUUGCUGAUACAGAGGCCAUGAGCACCGAUCCUGCCUUCCUCAGUCUCGCCGAGACUCUCACCCGCGAACAAGUUGACGACAAUCUUCCUGUCCGAUGCCCCGAUGACGCCAUUGGCCGAGCCAUGGAGGCUCGCAUUGCAGAGCUGCGCGACGAGCACGACAGCACUGGCGGAACAGUCACCUGUAUUAUCCGCAAUGUGCCCUCUGGUCUCGGCGAGCCCUGCUUCGACAAGCUCCAGGCUAGUCUCGCCCACGGUGUGAUGUCUAUUCCCGCUGUCAAGGGUUUUGAGUAUGGUUCCGGUUUCCACGGUGCUGAGAUGACUGGCAGCAAGCAUAACGAUCCUUUCGUGCCAGCACCUGCCCUCGACGCCGCCACCGAGAGGACAGGCAUUCCUCGCUCCAGGCUUCAAACGAAGACGAACCAUUCCGGCGGUAUUCAGGGUGGCAUCAGCAAUGGCAUGCCCAUCUUCUUCAGAGUCGCUUUCAAGCCUCCUGCCACCAUCAGCCAGGACCAGACCACAGCACUUUACGAUGGCUCAGGCGAGGGUGUUCUUGCUGCUAAGGGAAGACACGACCCCUGCGUUGUGCCUCGCGCUGUUCCUAUCGUUGAGGGAAUGGCGGCGAUCAUGGUGGCCGAUGCUCUCAUGCAACAGAAUGCGAGAAAGCUGUCUACAGUUGUUCAAAAACCUUAG